CAUUAAACAAAGAAGGGAAACAAAGUUUAAGGGAACUAAUGGCAAUGGAAACCGACGUUAUAAUGAAUAAAUUUAAAAGUUCUGACAUGUCAGAGGGGUUCAACACUAGAUCCAUAUGGACACGAGUUCAGAGUGAGAAUGUUUCCAGGGCAGAUUCAACUUGCAGCCAGGGAUCGGGAGGAGGCGAAGGACAGGCGCCGGCUCAGCCGCCGCUGCCGCCAGUACCACAGGAAGCAAAACCCGCCGAACCUAUUAAGGCUGUACCUGCAAUCGUAUCAGACAUACCAUCUGAACUGAUACCACCUGAAUCAAAAACAGUCGAGAGUCCAACAUCACCAACACAGAAGUCAGAAGAGUGUAAUAAUGAGGUCAAGACUGAAGGGGAAAAUAAAGAGGUAACAGAUGAAAAUGUUGCUCCAACAGUAGUCGAGGCAGGAAAUCUACCUGAAGUUAAACAAGAUGGUCUCGCUAAUGGUGAUAAUUCGAAUGAUUGGCAACAGAGAGAAGCGGCACUUCUUAUAAAAAUACAAGAAUUAGAAAAAGUGAAAAACGAAAAAAGUCAAGACACCCUAAGGAUGGAGUUGAAGGUGCGAGAGGAAGAAAUAGAUCUGCUGAAAGCCCGUGUUAAAAAUCUCGAAACAGAGCUACAAGCGGCUCUUUCCAAGCCCGGUCCAAAGAAUAAUGAGAUGAUUGAAAACAUUAAGCAACAACACGAAGAGCUCCUCAGUAAAGCUCGCGGCAUGAUAUUCGACAAGACGAAAAUGGUUAAAAACCAAGAGCUGCAGAUAGAAGCUCUGACGACGCAGGUGCAGUCACUCAAGGAUAUCAACAUGAUUACCAAGGACCUACUGGAGAUCAGGAAUUCGGAAAUUAAGGCUAUGGAGGACCGUCUCCAUGCGAUGGAGGAGCGUUUCAAGACGGAGAAAGAGCGCUACGGGCUAGUGUUGCAGCGCGCGCAGACCAGCUCGAACAUCAACGACGACCUCAAGAAAGAGUACGAGACUCAACUUAAAAUAUUUAAGGAACUCCGAUCAAAGUAUGAGCAGAGGGUGGAGGCUCUACUCGCAGAGAACAACAAAUUGAAAUUAGAUUUAGCCAGAUCUAAUGGAGCUGGGACUGGGACGUCUACGGAAACGCCGAAAUAAUUACACAAGGACUUAACAA